AUGACAUCGGGAACACCCAUACUCCGACGUAGACCGCUAUCUACCAAGAACCCCAGCAUCGAACAUGGGAGCUCCCCUGGACAUGUCGCUACCCCGCCACGCCAAACCAACCGAUCAUCACCUCAUCGGGCUGCGUUGAGCUCCACUCUCAGGUAUGAUCAGGUCAUCGAGGAUACUCCUUCACCACUUCGAGAGCUUGAGAGGGGAUGGAAGGAGAUACGUAGGAAUAGAUUGGGAAUACCUCAGCCAAUGGAUGGAGAUGAAACGGCCAUUCAGCUUAGACAUACCCAAUACGAACAAUCCCAAAAUCCUAAGAACAUAGACGAGGAACAUCAGAAAGUUCUCAGGGGAGAUCGGAUGAGACAGAUAGAUUCUUAUGAUGGGAUCAAGAGGAACGUACGUCAGCGAAAUAAAGACCAAGUCAAUGUCCGAUUUGUCACCUCUUCAUCUUCAGCUCUUCUUACUCCACCUCAGACACCGCCAGAAUCGCCUAAGUCCCCGCAUGUCCAUUUAUCAUCAACAAUCAAUGAGCAAUCCGAAUACCCUCCGCCCAAUAGUAUGACCGUCGGACCGAGAUUGUCUACAGCAAAGUCAGCAUUUGUAAAGUCUCCUAUCCUACCGAAUCAAGCUCACAAAGAACAACCAUUUACAAGAAAAGCCUUGCAACCGAUACUCUCCUAUCCACUGCCACCUACCUCACAUCCGGUACCUAUACAGAAGAACAAGAAAGAUACGAUUUACAUCCCCUCACAACCAUCAUCCUACGAAAUGAUCCUUUAUCUUGUAGGUGGGCGGAUUAUCAAGGUGAAGAAGGGAGGCAGUCUGGUCGAUUUCACCACUGAGGAUAGUAUGGGGAAGGUAAGGGAGAGAACAUUGUAUACCUCGCGUGCGGAGCAAUGGGAUGAGGAGGAUAGGAGGGAUUGGAAGAAUCUGAGAGGAGUAGUAGAAGGGUUUAAGAGGAUUACGCCAAGGAUCGAACUCUUUCAUCCGCUUGGACAUCUAUCGAUCACGUGCUCAUCACCACCGGAUAUCAUAUUGACCUUUCAGUUGCAGUCUCCUCUGACACCUCCAGACUUCCGAAACGAUAAAAUGGAGACAUCAGAACUGUCGAGUCGAACUGAAUCAACGAAGAGGGUAUGCAAAGUACGCCUGGUAUACUCUAGGUCUAUUAGGGAAUUAAGGCUCGAUACCGCGAGUACAAAUGUGCUUCGUGAAGAGAAAAUCAGGACUAGAAGAAUCGUUCGAAUCUCUCGUCAAGUUGGUUCUACUUCGAUGAAAGAGCAGAAGACUCGUAGGCAGGAUGAUUUUGAAGGUAUAUGUCGGUACUUUAGCUUAGAUACUGAGCUGCUAGAUUGGAAGGAGGAAGAGAAAGAAGCGUUGAGAACGCUAUGGGCGUUGAGGGAUGAAUGGGUUAGAUGGGAUGGUGGGUAG